AAGGACGGAAACGUUCUCUCCCACGGCGUCGCUUCCUGCGCGUGUUCCGAGUGUCGCGUCAACACCGCCACUUGUAAUAAGCCACUCCGCAACCUACGAUCUCCCAGAGCAGCGACAAGCGCACGAGACAACUUCACCAGGCGUGCUUGUAACUCGCAUACGUUGCCUCUGAGAUCAUCGGGGCAACUCGUCACUGAGCUCGUACACCUUGGUAUAUAUAUACGUUUCGUUGUCGUCUGUUCGGUGUAUACCCUGCGUUGUCGUCUGCCCAAAUAGCCAAAAUCGAAGGCCGCUUAUUCCGCCAACUGCACGAUUGUUUAGUGCUUUGGCGUAUCUGUGUGGGACUCCAGCAGGACCUCCGAGAUAAGGGACAAUGGCCAUCGUCGCGGCUGGUUUGGUCAUCCUCCUAGUCUGCUUCGUGGUGAGAACGACCAGUCAAGAGACGAGCGCACCCUCAACAUGCCCACCACCUGACCCGAACUGCGACUGCAAGCCAACUAGAGACGAGAGCAGCGGGUGCCUGCUCUGCAUGUGUCACGAAGGAGUACCGCCGGCAGCGUGCCCGCAGGUGAGAUGCCCGAUACAGGAAAACAACCAGUGCUCCGUGGUGAUAAAAGAUGGAUGCGCAGUCUGCAACUGCACUCAAGCCGAUGUCAAGACAGCCAAACGUAAUUGACAUUGAAAAAAAAAAAAAAAGAAAGCGCGCUGGUUUUCACAAGGUUUUCACUGUGUCCACAGAUGUAUCUAUGUGCCUCAAAGCAUGCCAAGUUGUGCUUGUCUAUCACCAGCUUUGAAAACACGCCCUCCACGACGUACGUCUGUAGCUUUUAUACGAUUAGAUAAUUUAAAAAAAAGACGAAGGAGGAUGCACCUUCACGUGUAAAAAUAGAAAUUACAAGCAGUGAUUUCGCGCCUUUUUUCUUCAAUAAAAGUGAUUAUUUUCUA